CUCUUCCUGGGGCAAAAUAAAUAGAGGCUCCUCCAGCCCUCACAAAUUAAGCACAUCUCUCAGCCAACAACCUUAAACAUCCAUGGAAAACGAUCAAGAUAGCCCAAAAUCUUCUGGGGUGUGUUGUGAGAAAAUCCACCAUGCAUUUUCUUUCCAUCCAAACAACAACAACACAAAAAUUCGUCGUGUCUCCCAUAGCCAAGAAGAUCCAAGACCCAGACCUGCAGCUUCACUGCCACUGCAUAAUCAUGUGGGAAAACCAGCUGAUCAUGUCCAAACCAAACAUCCCAAUUCUCCAAAAGUUGACAAAUUCCUUGGAGCAGAUCACCAGAUUCCCAUCAAGUUUGACUACUCAAGCCCAAAAGUUGCUUCAGAAGUUGGGGAGAAACAACGUCAUGUUGUGAAGGUGGUGGAGCCGCAUGUUCAGAAAGAAGCUGGUAAGCAGCCUUCACAAGAUAUCAAUGACACAUUUUCUGACUACAUCAAACGUGCCAAGAUGAAGAUCAGAACUGUGUCGAAUGCUGGCGGUGGGAAGAAUAUUGCCUCUCAACAGGAUGAUAUUGCUCGUGAUCAUCAUCAUGAUACAAAGCAAAGGGAUACUUCUAACGAUCAGUUUUCAGAGUAUAUCAAUCGUGCAAAGAUGAAGAUCAGAGCUGUGUCGAAUGCUGGCGGUGGGAAGAAGAAUGCCUCUCCACAAGAUGAUGCUCAUGAUGAUCAUGACACAAAGAAAAAGGACACUUCUUCGGAUCAUUUUUCAGAAUUUAUCAACCGUGCUAAGAUGAAGAUCAGAAGUGUGUCAAAUGCUGGCCAUGGCGGUGGAAAGAAUAUGUCCUUCAAACGAGAGUAGGAGACUUCAAAAUAAACAGGGGAGCCUCUGCCUCUGCCUCUGCCUCUACAACAACUACUUCAUGGCUUCCUCUGUUUCCCAUGCAAAAUAUUAUUGGGAGUUGGAAAAUAUCAAAUGCUUGUGCUAAAUAAUCUGGUUUGGUUUUUCCUGUUUGUUAUAUAUAUAUAUAUGCCUUAUUUGAUUGCUUGAUUUGUACUAAAUCCUUGUAAGUUUGUUCCAUACUAAUUGGCCACUACCCAAAUAUUAUAAUAAAUGAUAUUUUAUAUUUUAUUGGA